GUAUCAAGUUUGUCUGACACUGAUUCGGAGCGAAGACGUCGUAAGAAGAAAGACAAGCACCGCAGUCGUGAGGAGAAGAGGGAAAGAAAAAGAGAAAAGAAAGAAAAGAAAAAGAAAAGGCAUGGGACUGCCUCUGGUGCUCAGUGGGGUAAAUACGGAAUUAUCAGUGAAACCGACUUCUACAACAAGACCCAGGAAUUCCGCACGUGGCUUCUGGAAGAGCGCAAAAUUAACCCGGAGGCCAUAUCCAAGGACCAGGAGCGCAAAGAAUUCGCUGUUUUUGUUGAAGAUUAUAAUACUGCGACCCUCCCUCACGAAAAAUACUACCACAUGGAGGCAUACGAGCGACGAAUGACGUCGUUACGAGCCGGCGAGUUCGUUCCACCGGCAGAAGACUCCUAUGAUCCUGAGGCUGAUAUACGGGCUCACUCUUUACGACACAAGAGAGCGCCCACCGAACACGAAAGUUAUCUAAGCAAGGAAGAGCUUAUGGAGUUGAGGAAAGUUCAGAGCGAGAGAGUUGAGGUUGGGAAGAUGAAACUCUUGGGUAUGGAAGUGAAACAAAAUUUCGGAGUCAGGAUGGAUAGAACCAUGUUCGAUGAUUGA